GAUGAAAAGCGGGGAUAAUGGCUUUGUUUACCUUCGUCCGACAUGACCUCCCCCGUGAGUUCCAAGAUAUGCCUCUAACUGGGUCAGUCCACUUUCUGCGAUCAUUUGGAGGGGUGACUCGCCAGGGGCGGAACCACUCCGUCCCUAAACCAAGGCGCCACGCGCGAUCUCGACAGAGCUAUACUGGGAAGACUUUAAGAGGCAAACGGCACAGGGUUUGGACUUCAGCGGGCGGUUCACAGGGAUUCUGCGAACCGGAGAGAUCCCCCUACUCUCCUCAGUGGCCUGUUGGUUUGCGCCGGCGCCUUUUAAGGGCACCGUGGGGCGAACGGAGCGCUCAGAGCUGCUCUGGCCGCGGCCCUGGGAGCUGGAGGAGCCGCGACUCAGCAGGCAUGACUGGAGAGGGAAGUCCCAAUGGUGCUAGAAUGGUGCUGCAGUGGCAGAAGACGGCUCACGAGUGAGGUCUGGAAGAACAACAGGGAAGACAUCCAUCAUUUGCUCCAAAGUGUGCAAGUCAGAUCCUGGGGAGAAUCAUGAUAACUCUGAUCACUGAGCAGCUACAGAAGCAGACUCUGGAUGAGCUGAAAUGCACACGCUUCAGCAUCAGUCUGCCUUUGCCUGAUCAUGCAGACAUCUCCAACUGUGGGAACCCUUUCCAGCUUGUGUCUGGUGCUUCCUGGAGGGGCCUUUCCCACUGUUCCUGUGCUGAGUUCCAGGACAGCCUCAGCUUCAGCUACCACCCCUCAGGCUUGAGCCUGCACCUCAGACCACCUAGUCGGGGAAGCUCCCCACAGGAGCUGCCCCUUUCCCAAGUCCUAAGCCCUGAGCCCCCAGACCCAGAGAAGCUUCCUGUGCCCCCUGCUCCUCCAUCCAAGAGGCACUGCCGCUCACUUUCAGUGCCCGUGGACCUGUCUCGCUGGCAGCCGGUGUGGCGGCCCGCCCCCUCCAAGCUGUGGACUCCCAUCAAGCACCGGGGCAGUGGCGGAGGGGGUGGGCCGCAGGUGCCUCACCAGAGCCCCCCGAAGCGGGUCUCCAGCCUCAGGUUCCUCCAAGCUCCCAGUGCCUCUUCUCAAUGUGCCCCAGCCCACAGACCCUACAGCCCUCCUUUCUUCAGCCUGGCCCUGGCCCAAGAUUCUUCUCGACCCUGCGCCACCUCCCCUCAAAGUGGCUCCUGGGAGAGCGAUGCUGAGUCCCUAUCACCUUGUCCACCCCAGCGUCGCUUCUCCCUGUCACCCAGCCUGGGUCCACAGGCAAGCUGCUUCUUGCCCUCUGCUCGGAGCUCCCCAGCAUCCUCCCCAGAGCUGCCCUGGCGACCUCGAGGUCUCCGCAACCUUCCCCGAAGCCGUUCACAGCCUUGUGAUCUGGAUGCACGCAAAACUGGGAUCAAGCGGCGCCACGAGGAGGACCCCCGACGUCUGCGGCCUUCCUUGGACUUUGACAAGAUGAAUCAGAAACCAUACUCAGGAGCUCUCUGUCUCCAAGAAACAGCCCGGGAAGGCAGCAGCAUCUCUCCACCAUGGUUCAUGGCCUGUAGCCCCACGCCUCUCUCUACUUCCUGCAGCCCCGUUGAGGGUUCCUCCCAGGUGCUGAGUGAAAGUGAAGAGGAGGAAGAGGGGGCUGUGCGGUGGGGGCGACAGGCAUUGAGCAAGCAGACACUGUGCCAGCAGGACUUUGGGGACCUGGACUUGAAUCUGAUUGAGGAGAACUAAAAUUGAGAGGCUAUUUCCUGGGGCCACACAGACUGACUCUCUUAUGGCUACUAACAAGUGUUGAGGCCCCAAGGCUGAGGGCCCAGCCUGGGAAUGGGGGUGAGCGGAGGGCUCCGACUCAGGGCAGCCGGAAAUCUCGUUCCAGCAAGCUGGACCAUGGCAAGGCUGGCCGGGACAAGAUAAACAGAGCUGGUUGGGGGAGGGAUGGCCCCAGAACAGACCCUUCCCAUGGCGGCCCUGAGUGUGAGUAUCCCUGCCCCUGAGAGAGCAAUGGGCAGGGAAGGAAGGGGUCUGCUGACCCCAGCUCGGGGAAUUUCACUAGCCCCUUUGCUUCAAAGGGCACUUGUGUCUUAGAAUUUGGCCAGGGUGGGGGGUUCAGUCAGCCUCCUUGGAGAAAGUGUGUGAGAGUGUGUGCGUGCAUGGAAGUGUACUUGUGGGAAGGUGUGUUUGCGUAGCCUUAGGGAAAGAAGGCAGUUGCUCCUUAACAGCAGAGCAUCAUGGUACCCCGGGAUCUUGAGUUUUUUUUUUUUUUUAACAGGACAGCAGGCUUAUUCAAGGAGUCAAGAUGAGGGCUCCAAGCUUUCUUUUUUUCUAAAUAUCUCUGGAACCAGGCUUGUAAUCCAUAGCAUCACUGGCUCUAAAGGAUUCUAUUUUGGGGUACAGCAGGGUCUUCUAAUUGCUAUGACCUCUGCUAAUGAUCUUAUCUACAGUCCCAGCCCCUUCCCACUAGAUAUAUCUAGUUUUGAGGGCUGCAGAUAACUCACUACAUUUACUUUGAGCUGGCCUUUUUUCUCAUCAGAUUGUCUAGGCUGUUUGCAACCUGCCUCUCUUGCUCUGGGUAGGUACGAGCACAUUUGGGCAACCGAGGCAGGGCUGAAGGGCUUCAUUUCUCUUUUUUUCUUCACUGAUAGGACCUUUUUUAAUCUUCUGACCUUCCAGGUCAAAGAAAGGGAGCAAGGUCCAGUCUUGGCCCCCACAUCUGUUGAGGCAGACUUUGCAGCAGGUGCAGUGGGCUUCAGUUCCCAACAGACAGGUGCGCUUGCCCCAUCACUGCCCCUGGGAAGCAGGCUGUGGGGAAGCCUGUUCUUACAAGAUCAGGCCCACCUUUUCUGACCUAUUUGAGCAAAAAGAAAGGGGUGUUCAGCAUUUAACAGUUUGCUUGUCUUCCACUCCUGCCAGGAAAUGUUUAUUUGCCUCUAAUUGGCCCUGAGAGACAAAGAGAGGUUGGGGCUUACUGAGGGAUUGGCUGAGGAUGUGUAAAGCAAAGGCUGUGAGAAGCAGCUGGGGGUUUGUUAUCAUUGGAUUGAAUUUCCUUUUUUGUUUCUUACCUACAACUUGAGCCAGGGCAGCAGGUCCCACUGGCUGCAGUGUGGGUUUAAGUGAUGGGUUUGAGACUACACAUACUUUGGUAGGGCUGGCCCCAGUGGAUAUGAUACUGAAGCUGCUGCCACAGUGUCCUCUGAGGCUUUGUCCAGAUUUGGUUAGACCCACCGUGACCAAAUUGGACCCACCCUUCCUGUUUAUUGCAAGAAAGGCAUUUUUCUGUUCAAUUUCCAGAGUGUCUUAGGACCCAGUUUCUCAUGUUAGGAACAGAGACCAAGGUCUCUUUUUUCUUCCUUGUGGAAUUAAGCCUGACAUUUUCUACAUUGCCCACAUGUUGGAAAGGCAAGGCUCCAGCCUCCCUGCCUCCGCUCCGGAGGAAGUAGCCUGUGGUCCUUAGAAGCUCUCCCCUUCCAGGGCUCCUUCCUGUCUCCUGGCUGGUUACCACAUACUAACACUGGGCUACAAGGUCUCUAGGGGCCUGAGAGAGGCUCUCCAGAGAAUCCAGGGAAACAGCCCAGGAGUUACCCAUCCUUACUUUCAUCUCUCCCCUGGUUCUUCUCCCUUGUCAGGCCAUAAUUUCCCUGGUGCCAGCUUCUUUUCCUCCUGGGGCAUCCUCAUCCCUGUGCUUUCUGCUACAGGUUGGCUGUGCCAGCUUCCAUUAGGCAAUGCCUAUGGGGUCUCUGCAGGCCCUAAACUGAAGAAGUGAGGACAGCGAUUCUGCCUCCAUCCUGGCUUCCCCAAAGCUCUAGGGUAUCAUCCUUAGGGAAGAAGGCCUACAGUUGUCAUAUUUUAAUUCUAUUACUUUAAGUCUGGAAAGUUAAUCUAGUCAGAGCUAUCAUCUUGCUUCCCAAUCUAAGCACCUGUGGCCCUGGAACAAGCCUUUUCCAGAAGUGGUUCAUUUUGCUUCAUACAGUAAAUCUGUCCCAACAGUUAUAUGUAAGCCAAAUGCUGUUUUUCAAUGCAUUUGGACUGCUGACCAUUUAAAAGCAGCCUAUGAUUGCUUCUUUUGUAAAGCAAGCAACUUCCCUCUACUUUAGCUGUUUUGACUCUUUGGGUUUUCACAUAUCGGGCUUGCCCAGCGUGGAGCACACCUCCAGGGCUGUGCCGACGCUGGGUAGAAGGCUGCAUCUGUGCUGUGUGUGUGGUGUGGCUGGCCGGUAGGUGAGUACCC